AUGGGUCUGCUCCUCUGUGUGAGGAGGUGUCAUGGGUCUGCUCCUGCCCUGGGGACUGGGUUGACAGCCCUGUUUCAGAUCAUUAUUGGUUUGCUCUGUACCACAGUGAUCUCAGGUGUCCUCUUCCUCCUCAGCUGGCUCUGCUCCUCCUGGUCUCAGUGUCCUCUUCCUCCUCAGCUGGCUCUGCUCCUCCUGGUCUCGGUGUUGUCCUGGUCUCAGUAUCCUCUGCCUCCUCAGCUGACUCUGCUCCUCCUGGUCUCAGUAUCCUCUGCCUCCUCAGCUGACUCUGCUCCUCCUGGUCUCAGUGUCCUCUGCCUCCUCAGCUGGCUCAGGUCCUCCUGGUCUCGGUGUCCUCUUCCUCCUCAGCUGGCUCUGCUCCUCCUGGUCUCAGUGUCCUCUUCCUCCUCAGCUGGCUCUGCUCCUCCUGGUCUCGGUGUUGUCCUGGUCUCAUGUCCUCUGCCUCCUCAGCUGGCUCAGGUCCUCCUGGUCUCGGUGUCGUCCUGGUCUCGGUGUCGUCCUGGUCUGGCUCUGCUCUUGUCCCGUCCUGGCCUUGCGCUGCUCUGGUCUGUGUCUCGUGUGGGGCUGCAGUACUGUGUCCCGUCACUGUACCAACCCCAUGAGACCAGCGGGGGGCGCCACCUCGCUCUAGAGCCAGCGAUGCCCGGCCCCACGCCCGCCGCCAGCAAAGCCCGGGUCUACACCGACGUCAACACUCACAAGAACCGGGAGUACUGGGACUACGACGCCUACACGCCCAACUGGAGUAAUCAGGACAACUACCAGCUGGUGCGGAAACUGGGCCGCGGCAAAUACAGCGAAGUGUUCGAAGCCAUCAACGUUACCAACAAUGACAAAGUGGUCGUCAAGAUCCUCAAACCGGUGAAAAAGAAGAAAAUCAAAAGAGAAAUCAAAAUACUGGAAAAUCUAAAAGGAGGAACCAACAUCAUCCGCCUGGUGGACACGGUCAAAGACCCAGUGUCCCGAACUCCAGCGCUUGUGUUUGAAUUCAUCAAUAACACAGACUUUAAGGAGCUGUACCAGAAGCUGACAGACUACGACAUCCGCUUCUACAUGUAUGAGCUGCUGAAGGCCCUGGAUUACUGUCACAGUAUGGGCAUCAUGCAUCGAGACGUCAAACCGCACAACGUCAUGAUCGACCACCAACUCAGGAAGCUGCGCCUUAUAGACUGGGGUCUGGCAGAGUUCUAUCAUCCGGCUCAAGAAUACAACGUCAGAGUCGCAUCACGCUACUUCAAAGGCCCCGAGCUGCUAGUGGACUAUCAGAUGUACGACUACAGCCUGGACAUGUGGAGUCUCGGCUGCAUGUUGGCCAGUAUGAUCUUCCUCAAGGAGCCUUUUUUCCAUGGACAGGACAACUAUGACCAGUUGGUGCGGAUCGCCAAAGUCCUGGGCACAGACGAACUGUUCGGAUACUUGCACAAAUAUCACAUUGAACUGGACACACGCUUCAAAGACCUGCUGGGACAACAGUCUCGUAAGCGUUGGGAGCAGUUUGUGCAGCCUGAGAACCAGCACCUGCGCCACAGAGGCCAUGGGCCACCCGUACUUCUUUCCGGUUGUGAAGGAACAGACCAACACCAACUCAGACGGAUCCAAGACGCUGAACAACACAUGAUACUGACUCAGCAGUUUUGA